AUGGCACCACAACCAGCUGCUGAAAGACCUGCUCAGUACAGGCAGAAAUCACGUAAGGGUAAGAAGGCAUGGAGAAAGAAUAUCGAUUUGACUGAAAUUGAAAAAUCCGUGGCUAUGCAGAGGGAACAUGAGAUUACUCAUGGUACUGAGAACAUUGCAGAUUUGAAAGAUGAUUUGCUUUUCCAAGUUGAUGAGGAUGGUGAUAAAGAGCUCAAGUCUAAGCUGAUUAAAAGAAAGCAAAUCAAAAAAGUUAUGAAAUCUACAGAAAUUUUAGAUUCUAUCAAGACAAAUUCUAAAGUCAAUGCAUUAAUGCAUCCAAAACAAAAUACUAUUGUUAAAUCCAACAAAAUUCAAGGUGUUUCGAAACAUGAGUUGACCAAAUUAAUGGCUUUAGCUGGUAGAGUACAUGGGGAAUCCAAGUUAAAGAGCAGAUCUGCCAAGGAUGGAUUAGUGAAAUCUGAUUCAUUCGACCUAUGGGGUUCUGACGACAAGAAACAAAAGCAGAUCGAAUUGCCAUCCGGUAUUAGACUUGACGUAGACUCUAAGGAUCAAGUUCCAAAAGAAUUAUUGACAAAGUCUACUACCAGUUGGUCGAAGCCAUCCGUGGCACCGGCUACAAUGAGUACUGAACCUGUAAAGAUUAGAGAUUUCGAUGCUAUCCCACAUGCAGGUAAAUCCUACAAUGCAGACAAGAAGGCCUGGGCUAAUCUGCUAAAUAAGGAAUAUGAAGUUGAGAAAGUUAAAGAGGAAAAAAGAAUUGCUUUGGAACAAUACAGAGAAAGAAUCAAACAUUUAAUGGCGACACUCGAUGAUAAUGAAGAAGAAUCUUCGUCAGAAAGUGACAAUGAACAGGAAGAAGACAUCGAAGGAGAUGAAAUUGAUACUGACUCCAUAAUGAAACUAUCUGUCAAUGAACCAGUCAAAAAUAAGAAGAAGACCAAAUAUCAAAGAAAUAAAGCCAAGAAGCAUGAAGAGAAGGUGAAAUUGCAACAAGAAUUAAACAAAUUAAAGGAACAAGUACGUGAACUAGAGAAAGUCGAGGAAUUCGAAGAAGAGAUUGCCCAAAAAUCGCAACCUACAAAAACUAGUAAGAAGCAAAGAAAGCUAAAUAGAAACAAAUUAGGUACCAAAUAUGGUAUUCUUGAUGAAAGACUGGAAAUCAAAUUCUCUGAUGAACUUUCAGACUCAUUAAGGAAAUUGAAACCUGAAGGUAACCUUCUUUAUGACAACGUCAGAAAACUACAAAGUUCGGGUGUCAUUGAAUCUCGUGUGCCAGUCAAACAAGGUAGAAGAUACAAGCAAAAGAUCACUGAAAAAUGGACUUACAAGGAUUUCAAAUAA